AAAGCUCAUUUCUUUGUUAGCGGUGUAGUUUUUGCGCUACUUGUCUCUGGAGCGUUUGUAUAUAACGCUACAGCCUGACAGCAGAGACGGUGGCCCCGAGGGGCCAAAACACGACGCGGACACACGGCGAAGCAGAAUAAAGUCAGAAAACCGUCGCACAGACGACGACACCUCGCCGAGCUUUCCCGUUCACGAUGGAGCUUUCGUUCCAGUCCAUGAAAGUCGCCCACCAAGCCCGGGAAGCAGUGAGUGAACGAGGGGGGGGGGUUGUUUCACGGACAACUGUUGCUCGUAGAAGGCCAUUUUAUCGUCAGCUAUGUGGUCGAAUGAACUGUCCUAACACGACUGUUCACGGAUGGCAUCGUGCAUUCGGGGGCCAAGUCAACGUAUCAUUCCCACGUUGUUCAGCAAACAACAACGUAGCUGUCACAAUGAGCUAAUCUAUUGCUGGCGUUAGAGAAAAAGCAGUUCGGCUAGCUCCCGAGCUAAUUAUGCUAGCUGGGUUUGCCCCCAUUCACUGGCACACGGAAUCGGCGUCCACGCGUUGCCUAGUUACGCUGUCAGGUCGUUGUCGUUUUUUGGCAAUUUGUCGCCCUCUACUGAAAACCUUCGUUUCUCCUUCGGUCAUCCUGAGCUCUCCACACAUGUGAAGCUCCAGGAGGGGGACAAUUACGCUUAAGGGUACUUCCAAUAUAUUUACUGGGCAUUAAUAUGCAACAUGCAUUGUAAGUGAGUGGAGCCAAUUUAACUAUAGGUUAGUAUAAAAAGGAACAUUUUCUUACUGUGGUAAAUCAAAAUAGUCACUUUUCACCUCCAAUCAAAAUCCACACAGAGUACCGCACAUUUAUUGAAACACGAUUUAAACUAAUGCUAUUAACGUCAGUGCAGCGGUGGUGUGUUAUGUGUGUAUGUGUUACUGUCCAACAGGAUGAGCUGAAGACUGAGAUGAGGAGGAAGAGUCUCCUCAUCCUCAUCUACCACCACCUGCUGGGGCAAGGCUACGUGUCUACAGCAGUGGCCUUGGACCAGGAGACCCUUGGAGGUGUGAGGAGGUUCGAGGUCUGUGAUAACAUCGACCUGGAGAUGGUGCUGAUGGACUACGAGAGUUAUCACUACGUAAAGUUUCAAAAAUAUCCCAAACUUAUCAGAAGAACAGCGGAACCAGGUGAAAAAAAAACAGCAAGGAGUGGUGGAGUAAAGCGGAGUCCCUGUUCAGCUGGGAAGCCUCUUCCCAAAAUAAACCCGUCCCUUAGCCCACAGUCUGGAAUUGGAGCCAAGAGGACGGCUGCCUGUUCUUAUACAAAUGAGAAUGUCUCCUCUGUUCCUCCAGAGUCGUCAGAGUUUGGUCCCAACAUUUCUUCCAUCAGAACUGGACCAGCCGGUGAAGCAGCCAUCAACAGAAAGGGCCAUGUUAUUGACGGCAAAGGAGCUGCCAUGGACCACAUGGAACGGCUGCUGAAACCCCUCAGUGGCUUUUCUGGAAUGAGCGGUGACAUGAGGGAACUGGCCACGAUCAUCAGCAGGGACAUCUAUUUGCACAGCCCCAACGUGCGAUGGGAGGACAUCAUCGGCCUGGAGGACGCGAAGCGAUUAGUCAAGGAGGCCGUCGUCUAUCCCAUUAAGUACCCCCAACUGUUUACAGGCAUCCUGUCUCCGUGGAAAGGCCUGCUGCUUUAUGGCCCCCCAGGUACAGGUAAGACGCUGUUGGCCAAGGCCGUGGCUACGGAGUGUAAGACGACCUUCUUCAACAUUUCAGCCUCCAGCAUCGUCAGCAAGUGGAGAGGAGAUUCUGAGAAACUGGUCAGGGUUCUGUUUGAGCUGGCCAGGUACCACGCCCCAUCCACCAUCUUCCUGGACGAGCUGGAGUCAGUGAUGAGCCAGAGAGGAAACAACAUGGGAGGGGAGCAUGAGGGAAGUCGCAGGAUGAAGACCGAGCUGCUGGUUCAGAUGGACGGACUGGCCAGAUCGGAAGACCUCGUGUUUGUGCUCGCUGCCUCCAACCUGCCUUGGGAACUGGACCAUGCCAUGCUGAGGAGGUUAGAAAAGAGGAUUCUAGUAAGUCUUCCCUCCUUGCCAGCUCGCCAGGCCAUGAUGUCUCAUUGGCUGCCUCCUCUCAGCUCCACGGGACGGGUGGAGCUACGAACUGAGCUGGACUAUUUCGCUCUGGCGAAGGAGAUGGAGGGUUACUCUGGUUCUGAUAUGAGACUGGUGUGCAAGGAGGCCGCCAUGAGACCAGUCCGCAAGAUCUUUGACGCUCUGGAGUCUCAUAAGGACGGAGACACUGAAAUGUCCACCAUUCAGCUGGAAGCCGUGACAACAGCCGACUUCCUGGAAGUCAUCAGGCAUUCCAAACCCUCGGCCAGGAACCUGCUGGACCGAUACACAGCCUGGGAGAGCGAGUACGAGUCCGUCUGACGCACAGGACAAUUGUGAUGAAGAAAAAAAGGCUUCUGACAGUUUUGUUGAGCACACAAAUAGCGCCAGGGUAAUAUUGUGCUCUUUAUUGGAUAAAUAACACAUUUUAAGCUCUCACACAUACAUUUUUUUUUUAAUCAUUGCUAUGGUAGGUUUAACAAUGGUAUGCACUCUUUGUCCUCAUGAUAAAACUUUGGGUGGAAUAUUUGAUAUCAGAAAGAGAAGGAAAUACCGUUGCUCCCAAAAUAUUUUUUUUAUUUGAAAAAUUAAACUGGAGUUUUUUUGGUAAGUAUCUUAUAGCAUGUUCUUCAGGAUGUGUUCCACAGCUUCUGGGAAACUCUCACAUGUCAGGUGGGGAGAAGGGUGGAUUUUUCUCUCAUCUCCUUCCCUGUAUUUACCUGUCAAUGAAAUGUGUAACAUAACGUUUUAAAGAUGUUUGAGGAUCACAGGUUCAGCAGCAAUAAAGCACCUGGAAUUCA